AUGCACACUCCGUGCGCGCGCGCCGUGGUGGGCCGCUAUUCUUCGCACCCCCCGGUGCUCACACUGCUGUUGCUGGUGCUGCUGUGCUGUACCGCCGGGUGCCUUGCCACUAUUCCCCACCACUCCAUGUACGGUGAGACAAGUCAGAAGAACAGGCCAACUGGGGUGGUGCGGGAGAUACCCCGCAGAGGGCAGGGCGCCGUGCAGGCAUACACCACCAGUGCUGCCACCACCGAAAAGCCAUGGCAAUGCCGGCCAACUCAACGUGGUGCCAAGGUCCAGUACUUCGUAUUGCCGGAGGAAGCCAAGAGCCAGCGACGUCUUUCUUCUGGAAGACCCGUUGGCCCUUAG